CGCUCUUCGCUCUCGUUUUGUCUUCCCAAGCAUUUUUGCAAUCUUCAUCGCCAUAGCCGCGGUUGGAUCACUUAAUUCGUGAAAAUGUCGACGAGCGAGCUUGCCGUGACAUAUGCAGCUCUCAUCUUGCACGAUGACGGCAUUCCCAUCACUGCCGAAAAGAUUGCCACUUUGUGCAAAGCAGCCAAUGUGCAGGUCGAGUCUUACUGGCCCGGUCUAUUCGCCAAGCUUCUGGAGAAGAGAAGUGUCGAUGAUUUGAUCACCAACGUCGGAUCAGGAGGUGGUGGUGCGGUCGCCGUGAGCGCUCCUUCUGCUGGAGGUGCUGCUGCCCCCGCCGCGGUUGAGAAGGUAGAGGAGAAGAAGCCGGAGCCCGAGGAAGAGAGCGACGACGAUAUGGGAUUCGAUCUCUUCGACUAGACUGUUCGAAAGGUACGCCUGAUGGCGCAGAUGUGAAAUGCUUGAAAAAAAUAGUCCUGUCAAUUGCUUUAUAUAAAAGUGUAUCUACUGGACGACAAUAAAGAGGCCAUUGAAAAGAACAGGAAAAACUACAUUGACUCGGUAAACGUGAAGCUAACAAGAAGGUUUUACAUACGGCGUGAAAUCUUGAGGCUUUUCACGCCGUUGGAAAAUGUCUCAACUAUUGAUGGGUCUGUAUUUGAUGCGUAACUGGCUGGAAUUGCAGGAGUUUUGAAAAAUCCCGAAUAUCGUUUAAUUAGGUGGGGAGCAUUACGAGCUUGAGCUCCCAGAAGUGCAGUUUUCUGUUAGUUUCGAUAUAGAUUAAACCCUAUUUCCGCUGUAAUCAUAUGGAGUCCAUCUCCCUUGCCUUAUUUUACAACUCUUUUUCCAUACGGAAUUUUCCGAAUAGAGAACUUCAUCUCGAGACGGUGUUUUGAAUCCGG